UACCUUAAUUUAAAAUUGAAAAGACAAGAGAGAUUGCGAGAGACUCACUCUGUUUCCCGCCAGUUUGAGAUGCUGUUAAAUGGUAAAAUCCUAUUAAAACCGGUCAUCAACCUUCCCUUAAAACCAAAUGGAUUCAGAUGUCCCACUACUUCUUCCUCAAUCUCCUCAACAAAGCCACCUCUCUGUCUCACCUAACCCAAAUCCACGCCCAGCUUCUCCUCCACGGUCUCCACACGGACAUUGCAGUUGCCACCAAACUCACCCACAAGCUCUUCGAUUUCAGCUCCACUUCCCGCGUACAUUCCCUCUUCUUCUCCAUCCCAAAACCCGAUAUUUUCCUCUUCAACGUCCUCAUCAAGGGCUUCUCUGACAAUGGCUCGCCUCUGCAGUCCAUUUCACUCUUUACCCAUUUGAGAAGAAGGCGUGGUCUUCAUCCUGAUAACUUUACUUAUGCUUUUGUUAUAUCAGCUGCUGCGAGUUUUGGGGAUGCCAAGGUUGGAUUGUUGCUUCAUGGGAAUGCUAUUGUUGAUGGGUUUGGUUCAGACUUAUAUGUUGGUUCUGCUCUCGUCGAUAUGCACUUUAAACUCUUUAGGGAAGAUUGGGCGCAGAAGGUGUUUGAUAGGUUGCCUCAUAGAGAUACUGUUUUGUGUAACACGAUAAUUUCUGGUUUGGUGAGGGUAUGUUGUUAUGAGGACUCCAUCAGACGUUUUAAGGAUAUGGUUUCUGGUAAUGGGCCACGGUUUGAUGCCACUACAGUAAUAGCAGUGUUGCCAGCUGUGGCAGAAUUACAGAAGUUGAGAUUAGGGAUGGAGAUUCAAUGCUUGGCAAUAAAGUUGGGCUUUCAUUCUCAUAUUUCUUUGCUUACGGGUUUGAUUUCAUUGUAUUCCAAAUGUGGCAACGUUGAGACAGCAAACCUAUUGUUUAGGGAUAUUGGCAGAAAAGAUUUGAUAUCUUAUAAUGCUAUGAUUUCCGGGUUUACUUGCAAUGGUGAGAUAGAGUCUUCAGUGAGAUUGUUCAGAGAGUGGCUUGGUUCUGGAGAGAAGGUUAAUUCAAGCUCAAUUGUGGGAUUGAUUCCUGUAUAUUCCCCUUUUGGUCAUUUACUUCUUACUAACUGCAUUCAUGGCUUUUGUGUGAAAUCUGGUACUGUUUCACAUUCUUCUGUUUCAACUGCCUUGACUACAGUAUAUUGUAGAUUAAAUGAAAUGGAAUCAGCACGACAACUUUUUGAUGAAUCUUCAGAGAAAACUUUAGCUUCUUGGAAUGCCAUGAUAGCAGGUUAUACCCAAAAUGGUUUAACAGAAACAGCAAUUUCUCUUUUUCAAGAAAUGCAGAUGUCUAAUGUCAGUCCAAAUCCUGUCACAGUUACAAGUAUUCUUUCAGCUUGUGCUCAACUUGGAGCCUUGAGUCUAGGAAAAUGGGUACAUGGUUUAGUUGAGAAUAAGAGCUUUGAGUCUAAUAUAUAUGUUUCAACUGCUUUAAUCGACAUGUAUGCAAAGUGUGGGAGCAUUUUAGAGGCUCGGCAAUUAUUUGAGUCAAUGCCUCAGAAGAAUGAGGUAACUUGGAAUGCCAUGAUUUCUGGAUAUGGUGUCCAUGGGCAUGGGCAGGAAGCUCUAGAACUCUUCUAUGAGAUGUUGAAUUCUGGCAUUCGACCAUCUAGAGUCACUUUUCUUUCUGCAUUGUAUGCUUGCAGUCAUGCUGGCUUAGUAAGAGAAGGAGAUGAAAUUUUCCAUUGCAUGGUCCAUGACUAUGGGCUUGAACCCUUACCUGAGCAUUAUGCGUGCAUGGUUGACAUCCUUGGGCGAGCAGGAAAAUUGCAGGAUGCUUUGCAAUUUAUCAAGAGAAUGCCUGUUGAACCAGGUCCCCCUGUGUGGGGUGCGUUGCUCGGUGCUUGCAUGAUUCACAAGGACACUAGCCUAGGCCGUGUGGCAUCCCAAAUGCUAUUUGAAUUGGACCCACAAAACAUGGGUUACUAUGUCUUGAUGUCAAAUAUUUACUCCACUGAGAGGAACUAUCCACAAGCUGCUUUAGUGAGACAAACAGCUAAGAGUAGAAACCUGAUAAAGACUCCAGGCUGCACCUUAAUUGAGGUUGGCCAGGUUCCACAUGUCUUCACGUCUGGUGAUCGGUCCCAUCCUCAAUCAAAAGCAAUCUAUUCAGAGCUUGAUAAUUUGACUGCAAAGAUGAAGGAGGCUGGAUUUCAGACAGAGACAGAUACUGCUUUACAUGAUGUGGAGGAGGAAGAGAAGGAACUGAUGAUGAAGGUUCAUAGUGAGAAGUUAGCUAUUGUUUUUGGCCUUAUCUCUACUGAACCUGGAACUGAAAUUAGGAUCAUUAAGAAUCUCCGGGUUUGUUUAGAUUGUCAUACAGCAACUAAAUUUAUAUCUAAGAUUACAGAGAGGGUUAUUGUGGUAAGGGAUGCGAAAAGGUUCCAUCAUUUCAAGGAUGGUGUGUGUUCUUGUGGAGACUAUUGGUGACAAAUUUGUUGUCUACAAUGAUUAUGGUAUGUGAGUAUUGAACAAUCAUCUAAUCUCUCACACUUUUGUUGAUUAUAUAGCAGUGAUAAAGCAGGACAAUGAAACUGUCAUUUUGAGAUGCAUGACAUUUCAUUGAAACUUACCAAGUCACUGAAUAUUCGAAAGACUUUGUUAAAAAUUAUUAACUAGCAGGUUUUUUUUUUUUUUUUUUUUUUGGUUGUUUAAAUUCUAUGUUUACCUAAUUCUUGAUGUCAAUAUGAAAACCAGUUAUAUCAAGCCAAUGCUCUUCAUAGCAUGUAAAGGCCAGAUCAUUUCUGUUAUGUUCCUUUACUUUUAUAUUCAGAUUCAGUUGAAUUGAAGUGAGGAAGUUCCAAGCUCUUUUAAUUGUUCCUACAAAUUUCAAGCAUUCUCAGGAUGUCAGACACUUAUCAGAUGGCCUACCUAGAUGAUUGGGCUUUACUUGAAAGAGAUCAUUUAAUUUCAUUAUCUGGGGCUUUGGAAGAUAUGGAGGCAACCACUCUUCGUCUUCCACUGACUGGAGGGGCAAAGAUAUAGACUCCUUGAAGGCUGCUAUUUGCUCUGCUAUUGGUUAAAAGGGUAACUCUUUCUUUAAGAUUUUGAUGAGUGAACCAUUUGCUUGUUUAUGGAGCCAAGUCUCAUUGUAUUCAGUGAUAAGCAUAGGAGCUCUACUUUGCAACUGAGGACAAUACUGUAGAAUGCCUGUCCUUUAGAAAACAAACUCAAGGACCCUUGGUUUUCAUGACAAAUGGGUCUAUUCGAACCCAAAGCAAGGAGAAGAUUGAAGCCAAGAGAACAGACCAGAUAACAACAAUGGUUGGUGUCCUAUUUUGCCGCCCCAUCAGACCUUUCAGGAAUGGGUAGAGAUGGACAAUCACCCAGAAGGCAAAGAAGAGCUUCCCAAAUAAUGGCCCCCAUGAUUGGUAUCCAUUGUUUAUGGCAUCUGAAACUCCAGCAACAACGCCAACAAGGUUGAUGAUUAGGAUGGUAGUUGGAGGUAUCAGGAGCGUUGUCCAUUUAAAAGUGUAUAGUUCUCCAAACUCUUCAUCGUCAGUUGCCUUGGAUGUAACUGUGAAGUUUGUGUCAAUACCAGCUAAAACCUUCAGAAGACCUUGCACAACAGCAAAGAGGUGAGCUGAUAUACCACCAAUGACCCAAAAUUGCUCAUUUCUCCACCAUUCUUCAAUGCUCACCCCACUCCAUCUUAGCUCAAGAAUACCAGUUGCAAAGAUUGAUAUGAACAAAGCAAUGAAGAAAAGACUUGCAAAGAUGGCAGGCAAGGUACAAUAUGCAAGGAGUGGCAAAGAGGUGAAGGGAUAGACGGUUGUGUUGACAUAUGCGAAUCUCUCAAGCCACUUGAGCUGUCCUUCCUUGUAGCCAUACCAGACAGGGCUGUGACGACUAAAGAAGAUCUCAACUGAACCAAGAGCCCACCGAAGCACUUGGUUGAGCCGAUCAGAUAGAUUGAUGGGUGCUGAACCUUUAAAUGCAGGUCUCUUUGGCAUGCAGUAGAUGGAUCUCCAGCCACGACAAUGCAUCUUGAAACCAGUAAGGAUAUCCUCUGUAAUUGAACCAUAAAUCCAGCCAAGCUGCAUAGGCAAAAGCAACAUUAAUCAAGAGAGCAAAAUUUGUACCUAGAGGAUUUAUGAAGUUUUGGUUGUUACCUCAGUUCCCCAGUCGGUUUUGUCCUCAUAGCCACAGCUAAUCACAUGAAUUGCUUCUUUAAGCAAAGCUGCAGGACUUGAGGAAGGAGGGACACCACCUUCUUCCAUUAAAGUUGAAGUCACAAAAAUUGCUGACUGUCCAAAUCUCUUCUCAAAAUUCAUUUGGGACAUCAAAAGUUGCUUGUCAUCAUCCAUUCCUGCCAAUACAAGAAAAGAAAAAAAAAUGAUGGAACAUAUUAGGAUGACGAAUGAAGGAAAAAGAAGCUUUAUGAAGCAAGUAACAAUAACAGAUUGAUCGGUGAGCUAUGAAUUUUUUUACCAACCUUCAAGAUUUAUAGCUUCUCCAUUGACACCUUUCUUAGAUUGCUUCUUUUUACGGCGUCCGAAACAUGGGCAACAGUCACAGCUAACCAUCUUUGGGCGCUUAGGACCCUUCGGAGGUUCAUAACCAUACAAGGCUUGUCUUCUAAAAACACAUCCUGUCCCGACAUACACAGGACCCUGAAUUCCAUCUAGACCUUUCAUGUUAAUCUGCAGAAACAUAGAGAUUAGACGGGUACAUCAUUUUGAUACUU